AUGGCUGAUGGUCCUAAGGCAGGGGGUGUCUUCCUCGAUGAUCUCGACCUUUCCAAGCAAGGCUACAACCCCAUGGUUGCUUACGCCCAAAGCAAGACAGCCACUAUCCAUUUGGCAAACUCGAUCGACCGUCACUACAGCGCAUUAGGCAUUCGUGCCGUGUCGGUUCACCCGGGCAUGAUUUUCGAGACUUCGCUCGGUCGCCACAUGUCGCAAGAAGAGCUUGCUGAAUUUGCUCCCAUGGCGCCUUUCGCCAGACCUCUUGCGCAAGGUGCAGCGACCACUGUCUGGGCAGCGCUCGAGCCUCACUUCGACAAGCAGGGUGGUGUGUACCUUGCUGAGACUGGUGUCUCGAGCGCCGCGAAAGAAGAUGAGCAUUUUGCUGGACCUGGGUAUGCUCCUCAUGCCUUUGACGAGACAGCUGAGGAGAAAUUGUGGAGGCUUAGCUUUGCUGCCGUCGGUUUGAAAGAUGAUGGUCACUGA